GGCGGUACACGCUGGAUCAAUAGCAGGGCUCACUCUACCUUUGCGUGUGUACAUUAAGGCCCGUAGCCUGUUAUGUUUCUCGCAUUGUGUGACAACUAACCGCCCGGUACACUUCGGUCGGACUAGGUAUACUACUAGUAAAAGGUACGGAGAGAUCUAAGACUAUAUACCCACCACUCACGGCACUGUAUUACACUAGCUCAGCACGGUGUGGUGAGGUUUUGUUCCGCAGCACAUAAACUUUAACGACAGCAAAAGGCUGGCAUCAAAUGCGGAUAUAAUUACAUAAGAGGAGUCACAUUCUUUAGUUGAUGCAGAAACUGUGAAACCACUUUGGAAUUUACGUGAGCUCCUUUCACACAUUUAGAUAUAAUUCAUAUACUGAAAUGUAUUCCUGGAAUGUGCAUUUUCCUGAUUGUGUAUAAUUGUUUGAAACUGUAGGUAGAAAACCGAAAAAAAGUUGAUGUCUUAUGGAUCAAUGAUAUUUAUUGGGAAGGAGUUUGUUCCCAUGGGAUAUUCUUGAAUUUGAUUCCAAAUAAGAAGCUCAGGACAACACACACACAAAUCAAUUUUACUCCAUAUCACAUUUCCGUAAGUACUUCGGCGAGUUUCUCGUGUAUUUGGUAAAUACAAAUUCGACCCCGUUGGGAUUUAAGGAAAUUCCAUGUAGUUGUUUGAUUUUAUUGGAUUACGUUUCAAAUUUCCGCUGAGGAUUGUAAAAAGAAGUCACAUGACCGAUUCUAUUAGCGUUAGCUGUGAGUACAUCGUCAGAUCAACAUCACGACGAGGAGGGGAAAUUAAACGAAAAUACAUAUGGCAACAGUUCUGAUAAUGUCAAACUGCUGUAAUGAUGUGAAAAAACUAUUUGGAAUAUGAUGCGUGUUCCCAAGGAGAUUUCUCUAUGACAAAUACUUGUGUAAGUGUAUAGGUGGAUGUUUAACCUUUACUCUACCAGGGGUUACGUAGUGGUGGCCAUGACAUGAGGAAAGUUUACCCUCGAGGCCCCCUGAGUUAUUUCAGAAGAAGUAAAUUCUGCUCCAUACUUUUUACCCUCAGCUUCAUACUGCUAUGUUUUGUAUUCCUCAUAUAUGAAAAUGGAAAUGUCGUUGAAAUUCCAUCUUAUGAAAGUCCAGCAAAUCAAGAAAAGUACAGCGAACAAGAUCUUAGUUAUAGAAAGCUACCCACGGAGUUAAAUGCAUUGGAUUUCUUCGGUUCUCGUCGCCAUAACAGAAAUUUACAGCAUUUAUAUUCAAAGGAUUUAUUUGAUGAAAAGCGAAAAAAGGACUUAACCACUAUGAUUUACAAAAAGGGAAGGAACCAAAUGAAAAGCGAGAGAAAAGUUGUUUCCAAUUUACAACAACGUGGACUUUUUAAUGUGCCAAAGAAGACUAUAGCAGCGAAGGUUGGAGACACGCCCUCCAGUCAGGAGGUUACAGAUUACUACAACUUUGAGGGCUAUCGAACUACAAGUAGUGAUGAUAGCGUGGAGUCCGAACAGAUAGGCGUGCCGUGUAAGAAAUUACCAAAAGUAAUUAUCAUCGGAGUAAAGAAAUGCGGCACGAGAGCCUUACUUGAAUUCUUAAGGAUACAUCCGGAGGUCAAGGCCACUGGUCCUGAACCACAUUUCUUUGACCGUUACUACGACCAUGGGUUGGAGUGGUACAGGGAUUUGAUGCCAGAGACAAAUGACGAGCAGACGACAAUUGAAAAAACGCCUCGAUACUUCGUGACGAAGGAAGUCCCUAAAAGAGUCUUCAAUAUGUCACGUGAUGUGAAACUUGUUCUGAUAGUAAGAGAUCCCGUGACCCGAGCCAUUUCAGACUACACACAGGUAGCCAGCAAACGUGCUUCCAUGAAACCAUUUGAACAGAUGGCGCUGUCGAACAAUCAUACGGGUCUUGUGGAUACAUCAUGGCCCGUCAUCAAAAUCGGAAUCUAUGCAAAACAUUUGGAAGAAUGGCUCCGAUAUUUUCCCCUGGAGCAGUUUCAUUUUGUGAAUGGUGAGAAUAUUGUGAAAAAUCCAAGCGAGGAAAUGUUCAAGCUUCAAGAUUUUCUAGGAUUGAGGAGAUAUAUAAAUGAUAGUCAUUUUUACAUGAAUGACACCCGAGGGUUUCCGUGUAUACAAAAGACCGGAAGUAAAUACCCACAUUGUUUGGUAGGAACUAAAGGAAGGAAGCAUCCGUACGUAGACCCGAACGUGAUCAAGAGAUUACAAGACUUUUAUAGACCGUUCAACAAGAAAUUUUACCAAAUGACCAAUAUCGACUUUGGAUGGCCCUGAUUGGUCAAUUAUAUGGAGCAUCAUGAUGACUUUCAUAAAAUAUUCAUAAACGUUUUGAUAGAUUUGGUAAUGACGGAUGAAAAGUGCCACAUGCUUUGUCCUGCUUUAUCGAUCAUGCAGAAAAUUACCCCCGAUUUGGAGUGAAUUUCACCGAAGGCAGAUAAUUAGCUUCUGACACGGGCAAAGGUCGAGAACGAAUGUGCAAAGAUUUCAACAGUGCGGUAUUAUAUAUCGUCCCUUUGGAGGAGAAUUACUUUAGUCUGUACUCCCGGGGUACAACAGAUCAAAUUAAGUGUCAACUUUAAAGAAUGAAUAUUGAUGAUUUUUUUUCUAAUUGAAGAUUAUACGAUCUACUUUUUUAAUGGUUGGGUGAAUCGCAUACUAAUACAAUAUAAUGCUGACUAUUUCACGUGGUAUCAUGUUUCAUUAAAUCAUAUUAUAUUUAAUAAAAUAAUUUUGUGUUUGUAUACGUUGAUCAUUUCCCCAUGUUAAACGAAUUUUUUGUUGAAGUAAAAUAUUUUAAUGACAAUUUUCA